AUAUAAUGUGCUAAACUCGUUUGCUCAAUCAUCUAAAAACAACCUUCUUUCCCCUUCUCCCUAACCUCUUGUUCCUUAAUUGUCUCUCCUCUUGUACCUCCUCCUGUAAAGAGAAGAGAAGAGACAAUGGAGCUCAUCAACAGCCGGGUCUUCCUCCUCGUCCUCCUCAUAUCCAUCUCUUCCGGUCAAGUCUCAUCACGCCCAACCCCGCAGUCGGAUCCGGCUGUUGAAAAAAUCUGUGCCAAGACUGCAAACUCUGCUCUUUGCUCCAGCACCGUCCUUCCUAACCUACACGGCAAUGCCGACCCUACAACCGUCCUUCAAAUAGAGAUGAAGGCAUGCUUGGACCUCACCCAAGAGGCCCUCGGCCAGUUGAAGAAGACGGCCAGCAAUCCCUCCACAUCGCCAGCAGAUGUGUCGUCGAUCAAAGUAUGCCAAGAAGUCUACGAAUCUGCCGUAGAUGACAUCAACGGUGCCAGUGAGGCCAUUGCCGCGAGCGACGUCGGCACUUUACAAACCAGGCUUAGCGGAGUGAUUACCUAUUUUGGUACUUGUGAUGAUGCUGUCGCCGAGUCUCCCGGCUCCAAGCUGCCUUUGAAGGAGGACGAUGUUGUUACAUUGCGUAAGCUGGCAAGCAACUGCAUGGCCAUCUCUACAUUGCUCAAGUAGACUAGCAAUAGACUGCUCCCUUACUUAACUCUGUUUCACAAACUGCACUGCACUGCACCACUUUUGAUCAGAGAUGGAAUAUGCUGUUGACAAUAUUAUUAAAUAAUUUAAUACAAAUUUGAAUAUUCGUUUCAGAGUUUAA